CGAGGAACGGUGCGGCAGUUGUGCGCUGGUCGCUGUCGAAGGUGAACCGCCAGCUGCGGUGCGGCAGCGGGCGCGUUUGUGAAGCCGAGGGUCGGUGGUGUGCCUCGUUACCGCGUUUCGAAAGUCGGUGCGCGCGCUCCUCACGUGUGUUUCUCUCUGUGCUUCGUCGCUGCGGGAUUUUCGCAUUUCCGAAAGACGUCGUCGCUAUGCUGGUCUCCUUCGUCCGUGUGUUGUGCGCGUCGUGAGAAGCAAGGUGACUGCUUCACCCGUGCCCCGUGUGGAACGCGAUGUAAUCUUGCGAAGCUUCACAAGUGUUUACUUUUUAUACCUGAUCUGCGAAAGUUGUUUCUCUUCCAAUCUCUCUGAGAAGGUGCAGGGAGGGAAUCCCAGGUUCGCGAGAAUAGCCUCUAACGAUGAUCCCACAAGCAUCGUAGGAACUUGGUUUCGACACUGAGGAUACACGAAACGGAAGCACCGACUUCCCGCUCGUGGAAGUCGUGCGUUCGUCUCAACGCACGCGUUAACGGAAUCCGAGCUUCAAAGAAUCAACGAAGGUGCUUCCGCGGACUGUGUAGGAAGUUGCCUUCGCCGCUGUUGAUAUACAAAACAGAAGAGUGCAUUUUUUUUUUUUCCCCGAGCGUCAGGAGACGAGAAGUGAUGAAGAAAACUACUGGUGUGUGAGGCGCUAAGGCAAAACUUGGCAAUUGGCGUGUGUGCCCAUUGUGCUGUGUGACCAAGUUUCUUUUUUUUAUCUCCCUCUCUCUCUCGUGGUGUGUGUUUGCGUUCUCGCUACACGUUCGUUUGUGCCGUGCGAAUGGAAACGGUUGCGUGAGCCCCUGCGAGUUGGGCUUCUCCCUCCGGGUUCUUUCUCGCUGUCCUCUGUUGAAGAAGAUGGGGACGAAGAACUUUGUCGGAUGUGCAGGAUGGCUCGUCGCGCUCUUCCUCGGCGUCGUAGUCGCUACAGGAACGCAGCAGCAGCAGCAGCAUUGCGGUUUCCCGGGCAGGCCGGCGUACGGCCGCAUCAGCCUGAUCCGGGACUCGUACGAAAAGGGCCAGACCGUCUCCUACACGUGCGACUCCAGCUUCAACCUGCUCGGCCAGAGCACACGCCAGUGCCUCGACAACGGAACCUGGUCUGGAGCGCUGCCAGUGUGCGACACAAGCCUGACGGUGCAGCGCAUCCCGGAGGCGUCUGGCUACCUCUACGCCUAUCCCCCGGGGAACGCGCUGGACGGCUCCAAGAGCAGCUGCUUCUACACCACCUACCAACCGCCGCGGUGGUGGCGCGUAGACCUGGGCGCCGCCUACCACGUGCUGUCCGUGGCACUCACGGUGCCGCACGUCAGUUCCCGGCAGGAUCUCGAGGUGCGUGUCGUGAGCUACGAGGGCAACAAGGCUGUGUUCAACAGAUGCGCCGCAUUCAGCGGAAAGUUCUCGACCCAGACGGUGGUCCUGAUGUGCGACGAAGGCAAAGGCAUCAUCGGCCAGUACGUCGACGUCGCCGACAAGCGCAAGGACCCCGACCACUUCAGCCUGUGCGAAGUCGAGAUUUACGUGCUCAGAGAAAAGUACCAGUGCGGGGACCCGGACAAGCCACCGAAGUCGUACACGGUGCCGCUGUCCCCGCAGCAGAUGGAGUACCGUUGCGUGUCCGGAUACAAGCUGUCCGGCCCGAGCGUCCGUACCUGCCUCGAGUCUGGACAGUGGUCAGCGGCGGCCCCUAGGUGCCUGGAGGCCGCAUGCCCCUCCCUGGGUCCCCUAGACAAUGGGAAAGUGGCAGUGCGGGGCACCAGCAACGGCCGCACCGUGCAAGGCAGCCAGCUCAUCUACACCUGCGACCCCGGCUACAUCCUGGAGGGCAACGACACCCGCACCUGCCUCGAGGACGCCCGAUGGGGAGGACAGCAGCCACACUGUCAGCCCGUCACCUGUGAUGUGCCAGCAUUCGAAGUAGACGGUGGAACGUACACGCUGCUCAAUGUGUCCACGAAUUACGGGGACCUAGCUGAGCUCAACUGCCACCUGGGAUACGAAAGGCAAGGUGGCCCUACUACCAUCAUCUGCCAAGAGGACGGGAUGUGGAGCACGCCACAGGCCUCGUGCAUCCUCAGACAAAUGAGGCAAAAACUCAAGAAGGAGCUACCGGGAGCAUCCAGCGACACAAGCUCAACACUCACCGGCAUGGUGGCAGCUAUCAUCGCCAUUGUGUUCCUUUUCCUGCUUUCCAUGUGCAUCCUUCUCAUACUCAAAAAGAAGAAGUACUUUUCAAGGGCCAAGGGUCAACCAGCAAAAGUGCCCAGCGCGGGCCUCACAGCCAACAAUGGAAGUGCCAACAUCUCGUACACGGACAGUAGCGGCACCAUCUACCAAAACGAGGACUUCUACAUGGAGAUACCGCUAAAGACUGCGCAGCAGAAUGGCUCGACCACAGCUGCGCACAACAACAACCACCUCACCAGUGGCGGCCAUAGGGCGAGCCUCAAGGCUGAAGGAAGCGCAGAUCGCCGCAAGAGCCUGACGCCAAGCCGCAAGAGUUCCCUCUCGUCGAAAGAGAACAUCUACGAAGAGAUCGCCUUGGCUUCCAAGCAUCGCAGGCUCUCUUUCGGAGGAGUCACGUCCAUCACGACGGGCCCGACGCCCAGUGCGGGUGUCACUGUCGUCCACACGGAGCUGCCGUCCACGGGAGACGAAAAUCAGGACGACCAAGAGUCAUCACCAGCACUGUAUGCCAAAGUUGAUUUUGAUCAGAAGAGGAAAUCGCGGCUUAUCAAGGAGCAAAGUGAGGAGCUGUCGAACAAACCUGCACCGCCAAGCGGCGUCAAGCUACGCGACCUUCCUCCUAUACCACCUCCGGACGAGGAUGAAGACUACCACCCCUCGGUGGCCAUGUCUUUAGUCGGUGCCGUGGCCCCGCUGGUGUCGCUCGCACCUCAUGUCGUGGAAGGGGACAAUGUUUAUGUGGACCAUCCGCUGGGGGCGGAGAUCGUCAGGGGGACGAUGCACACUGGAAUGGUGGACAAUGAACUCUACGCCACGUCGGGACACAGCUAGUGCCCGCCGUCGACUCCCCCACGCCCUCCUCAAAACUGUGCACCAAGUGUGGAACACCUGUGCCGUGCGCGGUUGUGAGGAACAAACACUUCUUUAUCUCAGGGCAUGACUCCCAUGGAAACAGUGGGCGUUGUAAGGUCAGCCAGCACGUGGGAGUGGUACAUACGUCCCCGCGCUUGCCCAGGGCACUUGAGCAGUGUACUGAGAGGUGAAGAAAGCUACUACGUUGUUGUGUUGCUGCUUGGUUUGAAGGUCAAUGCUCUUUGCCAGCAGUGUUCACCUGGACCCCAUAAGUCACAUCGUCUUCAGCGUGGUGUCCCAAACAUAGUACUGUAGCUGCUUUGGUAUUACCCUUUCAUUUUGUUUGCAGCAGGGUGCUUGAGUGUUCUAGGCAAGGGCAUGGACAUCUGCACCAGGUGGUCCUACCUUUGAGGCUGAGCUGAGGCCAUGCUCAAUUGCAAGCGACUCUUCAGUUGAUCAAUCAAAGCUUAAAGUGAAGAUAGAAGCAGGAUAGGACAGACAAAAAAUCUGUUGACAUGUACGUCUCUCUUUCUUGUUUUUCUGUGUCCCGUCUUAGCAUAUGAAACUGUAUGUGUCACUCUUUAUGCGUCACAUAUUGGCAUUGUUUUCACUGGAAGUGUACCAAGUGGCACACGCACACACAGUGUUGCAGACCAGUCAAAGGUUUGCUAAAACUUGAAGUGUGACGCAGUUAGUCUUGAAUGCCAGCUGUGCAUCUGGAUUGCUACUAUACAACGAAAGCACACGCUGUUAUCUCAAAAUCUGAAAUGUCUUAAGAACAUGUGACUUGUGCCAGUUAGUUACAGUGCUUUUGUUUUUUUUUAGAAAGCAAGUGCUGGAAAUGCUCAAACACGGGAUUUCGAAACAAAGUCAACCAACACAUUUAUAGAAAUGAAGAAUUCACUGCUGUCACAAGCGUAAUGGCAUUAACCAUAAAGGAGUAAAAAGCAUGCUUGGAAAUUUCCUGACGACUGAUAGUGCCACCUUGAGACUGCCUUGUCUGUAACAUGGCCAUCUAAAAUCAUGAAGAACAAUGUUCAAAGACAGGCUGUGAUGCUAUCUUGCAGCAGUGAGAAAACAAUGAGUAAUUCAUACCAGGGUAUGACAAGAAACAGUGCGAUGCGAGCAAAACAACGAUGCAAGUGAAACAAGCCCAUAAGCAUGAAGUCUUGGUCUGCAACGCAAGGCAGAUGCAAUGGCUCAACUGUGGCUUGAAGUAUUAUCUCCAGUGUUCCCCAUGGUAUAUGGCUUCUAUAUCAUUUGUGAACCUGUUGGAGAUGAGUCAUAAUAUCCUUGGCUCUUGCAAACCAAAACGUGCUGCAUUUAUGUACAUUCUUGGUUGAAGCACAUCCAGAUACACACGGUUAAUUAACGAAAAAUAAAUAUUUCUUUCUAGAAUAUAUUUAGGAGACUCGGACCAAGCCAUGCACAAACCUGUAGAUCAUGAUUUUGAACAGUGACACCAUCUUGUCUGUUCUCCCAUAGUUUUUCUACAGCACUGUUGCAGUGAGUUUCCAGAAGGUUUUUGUUUGAAAGCAUGUAACAUUUUAAUUACUGUUUUCCAUUUAUGCAUUUUGAAAUUGGCACAGUUUAUUGCGAGCGCUGUGGGUAAUGUGAUUUGCAUUGUUGUAAAGAGCUAUUCAAAAAAGUGAUACCGGUGAACCUAGUCCUGAAAUGUGAAAUGUUCACCAACGCCAGGAGAGAGUGAGUGUGUGGCGUUUGCCACAAUAACCAAAUAAAUGUCUAUAGACUGACAGACAGCAUUAUUAUCUAAAGACAGCAGCAUAUGUUAUUAUACUUUGACCUGUACAUAGCUGUGAGGAGAAUCUUUGCAAAGUCUGUAUUUAUUUGUACAGCUGUUGUUCGUAUGCCUGUAGGGCAUGUUGUACCAUAUACAGAGUCUGGAAUAAAUAUGUUUGCCUUAA